AUGCAGGCGCAAACUUCCGAGACCCACUCGCGAAGAAGCGUGUUUUGGGUGAGCAAUGUUCAUUGCUCGUCUUGUGUCGCCUAUAUCACCGAAGUUCUCACCGAAAUACCUACCGUCACAGAUAUUGAUGUCUCAAUCCUGACACACGAAGUCCGCGUCUCCCAUGGCGCCUCGGCCCAUCCAGCAGACCUCGUUGUCGCCCUCAUUCAGGCCGCCUUUGAAGUAUACCAUGCCACAACCUUUGAUGAGCGUGGUUCAAUCGUUUCUGAGCUUGAUACCACUUCAUGGAAUAACCGCAGCUCACAUGUACUUUCCACGCCCCGGACAUCUUAUUCCAGCAUCUCUUCCAACAUUAAAGAGCGACUGUAUUCAAGCAGAGAAAAACGACACAUUGCCAACUGUGAGGCCUGCCAAAAGGAAGAGGCCGAUAGACUUUCUUUGCACUCCACCCAGACCGAGCCAUUUCCUCAGAAGUACCCCAAAGAUAUCGCAGAGGAAAAAGAAAUCGAAUCUUCUUUCCCAUCAGGUCCACAGGAUGGAGUCUACUCGCCAUCAUCGAGGAAGUCCAAUGAGAAUGGCCAAUCCUCUGAAACCCCUCAGUCACCACCGACAACCGAUGAAUUUAACGCACGAAUCGGUAUUGGAGGGAUGAGUUGCGCCUCGUGUGCUAAUGGCAUCACUGCUGCGGUCGAGCAGUUGGAAUAUGUCAAAGAAAUUCAAGUCAACCUCCUCACCAAUAGUGCGACAGUGGUAUAUACUGGUCCUCGAGAGAAUAUUGACUUAAUCACGGAACAAAUCGAGGACAUUGGAUUUGAUGCUUUUUUGGACGAAGUCAAUCAGGUCGCUCAGGAUUCAACCUCGGGGAAACCCCAAAUUUCGUCGGGAUUUGUUACAGAAAUCGCGAUUACUGGAAUGACCUGUGGAUCAUGCGUCGGAGCAGUAACCCGAGGAUUGGAAGAGCUGCCAUUUAUUCGAAAUAUCUCUGUGAACCUUUUGUCACAUAGUGGCAUGAUUGAAUUUGAAGGAAAAGAAAAUCUAGACAAGAUUGUGGAAAAGAUUGAGGAUCUGGGCUACGAUGCCGUUGUCAACAAUUUCCAUCCUCUGGACGAUGUCAAGGAUGAAGCUAGGCCUCUUCAGCCCAGAGUGGUCUCGAUUCAUGUUGAUGGGAUGUUCUGUCGUCAUUGUCCAGAGAAGGUUCUCUCCGCCAUUGAAUUGCUGCCGGGCGUCACAGUGGAAGGGACCAUUUGCGAGGCCAAGCCUAUCCUCAAAAUCACAUAUCUGCCACAGCCAUCUUUGACGAUUCGUUCGAUACUCGCUGCCAUUACAGAUGCUAACGGCGCAUUCACCGCUAGCAUCUACCACCCUCCAACUAUCGAAGAUCGCUCCCGUGCGAUACAACUGCAUGAACGACGCAGACUACUCGCUCGCCUACUAUUUGUUUUUGCUGCUGCCAUCCCAACUUUUCUUAUUGGUAUCGUCUUUAUGUCUCUUGUCUCAUCAGAAAACCCGAUCCGCAUGUAUCUUGAGCAAGCUAUCUGGUCUGGUAGCGUCACUCGCAUCGAAUGGGCACUUUUUAUAAUGUCUACUCCAGUUAUGGUUUAUGGUACCGACGUAUUUCACACCCGAGCCCUAAAGGAGAUCCACGCUCUAUGGCGCCCUGGAAGCCGAGUGCCGAUCAUGCGGAGGUUCUAUCGCUUUGGUAGCAUGAACCUCUUGAUAUCAGCAGGAACUUCGGUUGCAUACUUUUCAUCGCUGGCUGUACUUAUCGUCGAUGCUGUUGCGGGAAGUAACAAAAGUGCCCACAGCACCACCUACUUCGACUCCGUCGUCUUCUUGACCUUGUUUAUUCUUUGUGGUCGGUUCUUGGAGGCAUACAGCAAAGCCAAAACAGGAGAUGCAGUUUCCUCGUUGGGGAAGCUUCGGCCCUCCGAGGCACUCCUGGUUGAAAAUCAGGCCCCUGAAACCGCUCAUACCCCUGACGGUCCAGUUUCAGACCAAAUGACACGAGUCAGCGUUGACCUUUUGGAGGUCGGUGAUACAGUACGCAUUCCUCAUGGUGCCUCUCCGCCUGCAGAUGGUGUUGUUGUCGGCGAUGCCUCUUAUCAAUUUGAUGAGAGCUCUUUGACCGGGGAAUCCCGUCCUGUCAAGAAAACGGCUGGUGACAACGUUUAUACCGGCUCCGUCAAUGUCGGCCAACCGGUGCAUAUUAAAAUCACCGAACUUGGAGGGUCGUCUAUGCUUGAUCGAAUCAUUGCCAUUGUACGCGAAGGCCAAAGCAAGCGUGCGCCUCUUGAAAGAGUUGCUGAUAUGCUCACCUCCCAUUUUGUUCCUGUUAUAACUCUCAUUUCCAUACUUACUUUCGUGAUUUGGCUCGCUCUAGGUCAUGCGGGCGUCCUGUCCCAGGAUUAUCUUGACAUCGUCCGCGGUGGUUGGACUUUUUGGAGUCUGGAGUUUGCGAUUGCCGUUUUUGUGGUUGCUUGCCCUUGUGGUCUGGCACUCGCCGCUCCCACUGCGUUGUUUGUCGGAGGUGGCCUCGCUGCAAAGCACGGUAUCCUCGUCAAGGGUGGCGGAGAAGCCUUCCAAGAAGCUAGCCGUCUUGACGCCAUUGUCUUCGAUAAGACCGGUACCUUGACUGAGGGUGGAAGCCUUAAAGUUUCCGACCAUGAAGUCUUGACAACUGACGGCGGGCUAGUGACGAUCGCAUGGGCACUUGCUCAGAAAAUGGAAGAAAGCAGCAAUCAUCCGAUCGCACAGGCCAUCACUACUUUUUGCCGGACUCAGUCAACAGCAACCGUUGAAUCUUCUGAUAUUCAAGAGAUUUCUGGUCAGGGUAUGAAGGGGACUUUCACUGUUUCCCCUGUUGCAUCUGGGCCCGUGGAAAAAUACGAAGCUGCCAUCGGCAACGAACGUCUUCUGCACAGCAUUCUACCUUCUGAAAAUGACACCUACUUCGUGUCAAAUCUGCUGUCAAAGUUUCAGUCAGCAGGCAAAUCAACUGCUAUCCUCUCCGUGCGCCGCAUCGAUUCGGAUUCUGCAGAGACAUCUCCGUUCAUCCCCGCAAUUAUUUUCGCAACUUCAGACACCAUUCGGCCAGAGGCUAUUGAAGUCAUCUCCAAACUCAACAGUCGCCAUGUUGAGGUCUUCAUGUGCACGGGUGACAACCAGACAACCGCCCACGCAGUUGCCGACAUGCUGGGAAUCCCCCGUUCCAACGUCAUGGCCAACGUCCUGCCAGCAGAAAAGGCAAGUUUCGUCCGACAGGUCCAAGAAGGGUCAGUGAAAACGUUGUCUCCCGGAACCGAAGUCAGGGUAUCAAAGAAUUCAAAGGCAACUCGCCCUAUCGUCGCCUUUGUUGGAGACGGUGUCAACGAUUCCCCGGCUCUUGCUGCCGCAGACGUGAGCAUUGCUAUGGCCUCAGGCUCUGACGUCGCCAUCAACUCUGCCAGUUUCAUCCUUCUCAACUCGGAUCUUAGCACCAUCCUGCAGCUUGUUCUUCUUAGUCGACGUGUAUUCAACCGCGUUCGGAUGAACUUUGGCUGGGCUGUUAUUUACAACUUGUGUCUUGUCCCUGUCGCAGCAGGUGUUUUUUACCCUAUCGUCAGUGGUCAGCAUGAGAAGAUGAUUGGGCAUGAAACAGUGACUGUUAACGAACACUGGAGAUUGAGUCCUGUGUGGGCUGCUCUAGCUAUGGCUCUGAGCAGUAUCUCUGUUGUGACCAGUAGCCUGGCGCUCAGAAUUGAUGGGCAGACUAUUCGGAGGCUUUUCAGUCGGAAGAAGUAA